UCCAGAAUGACACUUGCUCUACCGCCAUCAUGACAGGACCGUCGCCUCAGCCGCUCGACGGCCAGCAGCAGCAGCCGCAGUCUGAAGCUCCCGAAGCAGCUCUGCCCGCGCCUGAUGCGCAGGGCGACAGCGCCCCGGCGGCCGACGAGGCGCACGAUCGGAGCAAUGUGCAGUCCCCGGCACGCUCUCCUCCGAGGAGGGUUCUAGGCGGGGAGAAGGCGGAGGACGGGCCGGCUGAAGGGGCGGAGAAGGGCGUUGGGGAGGGUGCGAGUGGGAGAGAUGGCGGUGACGGAGAUGGCGAGGUGGACGGCGAGGGAGAGGGUGGGGGGAACGUUGCCGACGACGAUGAUAAAGACAAGGACAAAGCUAAGGAACCAAAGAGAGACGACGAGGAAGAAGAAGAGGAGGAAGAGGAGGAUGACGAGGAGGAGGAGGAUGAUGACGACGAUGAAGAGGAGGAGGAAGACGGAGACGAAGAGGACGACGACGAGGACGAUGACGACGAUGACGAGGAGCCGCAGUUGAAAUCUACGAGGCUGACCCAACACCUCGGCGCUGUCUAUCGCAACGGCGAUGCGACCAGCGCGUGUCUCGUCGCAGGCGACAAGAUGAUUAUCGGUACGCAUAACGGCAACAUCCAUGUUAUCCAAUUGCCCGGAUUCAACACUCUGCGAGUAUACCAUGCACACUCGGCUUCCGUCACUGCGAUUUCGAUAUCGCCCUUUCCCCCCCCUCUCCCAGAAGAGAAGGUCGAAAUGAUACAACGAACACAGACUGGACUGGCGGGAGCCGCGACGAGGCCACCUGAAAUGUCUCCCUCGGCGGCAUCGAGAAGGAUGAGGGAGGUCCCGCAGGUGCCCCGAACACCAUCGAACGACAUCUACAUUGCUACGUCGUCAAUGGACGGCAAUGUCUGCGUGCAGUCGUUGGUCGACCUGAAGGAUGUCCAGCUUCGAAACUUUGCCAGGCCCGUGCAAGCCGUUGCCCUGUCACCAGACUACAAGUCAGAUCGGACCUAUCUAUCUGGCGGGCGAGCAGGACAGCUCAUCCUUACAGUAGGCGGCGGCCCCGGUCGAAGUACCUCGAACACGGUUGGUACUGCAGCCGCCGUGGCCUCGGACUGGCUCUCUACCAUAGGCGUCAAGAACAGCGGAGGAAAGGACACGGUGCUCCAUUCGGGUGAGGGAAUCAUCAACACCAUCAAAUGGUCACUCUCGGGGAAAUACGUUGCAUGGCUCAAUGAGCACGGCACCAAGAUUAUGAGAUCCAAGCUUCAUCUCGAUAGCACCGAACUUGAAGACGCUUGGAAGAGAAUCGGCCAUGUCGACAGGCCGCACACGAGCGAAUGGGAAACGAUGGCUGGUGUCUGGAAAGGCCGUGCUGAGUGGAUCGACGAGAAAUUGGUCGAAAGUGAUGAGUCGGAGCAGAGCAGCCCUCAUGAUCCCGCUGCUUCUCCCACCAUCCCCAGCACAAAGAGCGUUGAAAGACUGCUGGUCGGCUGGGGAGGAACAAUGUGGAUUAUCCAUGUUCAUCCAGGGGGUGUCGGCCAUGGUCGACAAGCUGGUGAGAAGACCAUUGCGCGGGCUGAGAUUGCCAAGAUACUCCAUAUCGACUGCAUCAUCUCUGGAAUCUCGCUAUAUGCUCAGAAUCAGCUGCUCGUGUUAGCAUUCUGCUCUCCAGAGGAUGAAGAUGAUGCCGCAGAGGACGACACAUCUAAGCAGCACAAGUCUAAGCAGUCCACAUCUUCUGUGGAACAUGAACAGCACCGUGGUCAACGGCAGCGCCUGAACGCUCUGCCACCAGAGCUGAGGUUGAUAGAUCUCAAGUCUCAGGCGGAGGUAGACCGGCACAGCCUUGCCAUCAAUCGCGUCGAUAGACUAUCUGCUGCCGACUAUCACAUGUGUCUCUUACCUGCUCGAAAUGCGGCCUCUGUAGUGGCUUCGACAAAAAGCGCCUUGGAGGCACUUGCCGGCAUUGGAUCGGAAAUGUGGAAUGUCGCCAUCAAUCCAAAGGCCCUCUUCAGCUCAGGCGCCAGCAUCCUUAGCAGGGAGAGCGACGACAAUGCUUCCGUCUCAAAAGCCGGCAGCAUUGCAGGUACCAUCCGGUCAAGCCCCAUGAGGGCCAGAAUUCCUACCGUACACCCUACGCUUUCCAAACCAGGAGUCAAGAUAUUCAUCCACAGUCCGUAUGACUGCGUCUUGGCCACUAAGAGAGACCUUUCUGAUCACCUUACUUGGCUCGUGGAGCGCGAGCAAUACCAACAGGCAUGGGAACUUCUCGACGAGAACCCAGAUAUCCUGGCCGAGUCGUUCGAUGGCGUUGCAGACUCGGGAGUACCUUCUACCCCAUCCAAACAUCCCUCUGGGGCGGACGACUUCUUCGAUGAUGAAUCCGUGGCAGACACGACUCAGAGGGAUCUAUAUUCUGCUGUGGAAAAGGAGAAGAGACGAAUCGGAGAGCUAUGGAUUCGAGAAUUGAUUGACGAGGGCGACUGGGAAAAGGCUGGCGAAGUCUGUGGCAAGGUUCUCACGACUCCCGACCGAUGGGAGAAGUGGGUGUGGACGUUUGCAGGCGCCAACAAGUUUGACGAGAUCACCAAGCACAUGCCCACCAAGCCGAUGAAGCCACCGUUGCCGACGACCUUGUACGAGGUGCUUUUGGGCCAUUACAUACAGAACAACAAGCCUCGAUUCAGAGAGCUGAUAGACACCUGGCCAACCGAUCUCUUCGAUAUCCCUGCCAUCACGACGACGCUUGAGAAUCAGCUCAAGUACCGUGAUGUUCGUGAGAACAGCGUCGAGGACGGCGAAAGGGGGCGAGAUUGGCGAAUUGUCGUGGAAAGCCUGGCCAAGCUGUACGAAGCUGGCGGACGGCAGCGCGACGCGCUGAGGUGCUACAUCAGGCUUCAAGACGCGGACUCGGCUUUCCGGCUGAUUGGUGAUUACCACCUCGCGGACGCCGUGGCAGAUGACAUUCCCGCCUUCAUCGGACUCCGAGUCUCCCCCGAUCAACUCAAGCACAUGACGGAGCAUGAGCUUGUGGCAGCAACCAGCGAAGCCAUCACUCUCUUGGUCGACGAGGCUCAGCACGGCCUUGUACGGCCCGAAGUCGUCGUGGAGCAGCUGCAGGCCAGGAACCUCCAGCUCUACCUCUUCUUCUACCUGCGUGCACUGUGGAGGGGCCAAGGAAUCGCAGAGCACACUGGUGAGAAUAUCGAACGGCUGGUCCAGGAUAGCCAAUCCCUCGUGGACAACUUUGCGGACCUGGCUGUUCGGUUAUUUGCCAUGUAUGACAGACCACUUCUCAUGGAGUUUUUGAAGACGUCGACUUCGUAUGGAUUCGAAAAGGCCGUCCAAGAAUGCGAGCAAUAUUCAUACUACGAUGAAUUAGUCUACCUGUACUCCAAAACCGGCCAGAUGAAGCGCGCGCUCUACCUCAUCAUCGACCGCCUCAACGACGUCAACAAGGCCAUCGACUUCGCCAAGGAACAAGACGACCCCGACCUGUGGGAAGACCUGCUCAACUACAGCAUGGACAAGCCCAGCUUCAUCCGCGCCCUUCUCGAGCAAGUCGGCACGACCAUCAACCCCAUCACGCUCGUCCGCCGCAUCCCCGAAGGCCUCGAGAUCCAGGGCCUCAGGGAGGGCCUCAUCCACAUGAUGAAGGAGCACGAGCUCCAGCACAGCAUCAGCUGGGGCGUCGCCACCGUCCUGCGCAGCGAAGUCGCCACGGCCCAGAGCGAGCUCCGCACGGGCCAGCGCAAGGGCAUCAAGUUCGAGGUCAUUGAGCAGGCGGACGCUGCUGCUGCUGUCGCCGAGGACGAGAAGACAGAGGGCGCGCCGCCCAGGCCCGGGCAGUGCGCCAAGUGCCUCGAGACGUUCACGGAGUACGAGAUGGAGGCCCUCAUGGGGUUCGUGUGCGGGCACGCCUUCCACGUGAGCCAUCUGCUCGAGAUGCUGCACAAAGGCAGGCAAGUCGAUCUCGACCUCGGACAUGGGCCAGAGGAGGGAGGGCGCUAUUCAGUCGGCAUGAAGGUCAUGAAGGCGAGGCUGUUGAGAGACAAGGUGAGAGGGGGCUGUCCCAUCUGUCAUCCGGCUGAGGCUUAGAGGUACACGUAUUGUUGCGUCGUCUUUUUAUGUACGUGGGCGUUUAUAUAUCCCGGGAAUAGUUCAUAGGC